GCAGCAGGAGACGACGACGACAAAGGACGCCCCCCCGCCCGCCCUUCAGUCCCUCUGCUGCUGCUGCUGCUGUGGCUGCCUCCUCCCCUUCCUUGGGUGUUCAUUAUUGCCACUAGCGCUGGUCUGGUGCAACUCGUACAGUUCCCAGCCCAGCCCAGUCCAGUUCAGUCCAGUCCGGUCCUGUUCAACUGAGUUCUUUUCAGCUCUGCCAGCAGCGGUCGCGAGUAAAACGAUCUGUGCGACUUACUCGUCAACACUCCUGCUCGAGGUACCUGUCCCGUAGCAUGCGGACUUUGUAAUCCCAUGGCGAGCUCGAUGAAUUCGAGCCUUUUUCGGUACGUGAGGGUCCUAUGGACAAUUUUGGCGUUGCUCAUGGCAUGCUCUCUAUCAACUUGCGGGUGUGCGCCGGAAAGUGACCUUAUCACGAAGCUGCCAGGCCAACCUGAUGUCGACUUCAGACAAUACAGUGGAUACGUGACAGUUGACGUAGACCAUGGCCGCGCACUCUUCUACUACUUCGUGGAGGCUGAGCACGAUUCCCAAGAGAAACCAUUGAUAUUGUGGCUGAACGGGGGACCAGGAUGUUCCUCCGUGGCUGGUGGGGCCUUCACGGAACUGGGUCCCUUCUUCCCAAAUGGCUACGCCGAUGGACUCGUGAAAAACCAACAUUCCUGGAACAAAGUUGCGAACCUUCUCUUCCUGGAGUCCCCAGCUGGGGUUGGCUGGUCCUACUCGAACACGACGUCUGAUUACUUGUCUGCCACGGAUGAUAGCACGGCCCGAGAUAAUAUGAUGUUUCUCUUGAACUGGUUCGAGAAGUUUCCAGAAUACAAGAGCCGGGAGUUUUUUCUCACUGGAGAAAGCUAUGCAGGGCAUUACAUUCCUCAGCUGGCGCAAUUGGUAUUGAAGUACAACGAGAAUCCAACUAGAGGGUUUUCAUUCAACCUCAUUGGAGUUGCGCUAGGGAACCCUCUGAUCCGACUCAGGGUCGAUGCGGCCGCCGUCUACACGUACAUGUGGUCACACGGAAUGAUUUCGGACAAGACCUACAAGGCUAUAACUAGAACUUGCGAUUUCACGCAAUUCGAGCUCACUGGUGGCAUUCCAGAAGAAUGCAAUGAACACAUGUCCGCAGCUUAUGACGAGCAAGGCCCGUUUAUCAACGACUACGACGUUUUCCUAGACGUGUGCCUGCCGGGCGUGGCUGAACAGGAGCUCAGACUGAAGAAAAAGAUAACACGUCGGAGUCUCGGAGUGGAUGUCUGCAUCGUUCUGGAGAUGGAGACAUAUUUGAAUAAGCCCGAAGUGCAGAAAGCUCUUCAUGCGAAUACCACAAAUCUCAAUCAUUCUUACAAACAGUGCAGUUCCUCAGACGUCCUGCACUACUCCCUCUCAAAUUAUACACUGGACAUUCUUCCAACUAUAGGCGAACUUAUUCGACAUGACCUUAGAAUCUUGGUGUACAGCGGAGAUGCGGAUCAGGUGGUUCCAUUUAUCGGAACGAGAACAAACAUCAAUGAUCUUGCAAAGAGUUUGAAACUGAAACCCACGGUGGACUACACCGCUUGGUAUCACCAGAAACAGGUGGCAGGGUGGACCAAGAGUUACGGAAAUCUGACAUUUGCCACCGUAAGAGCUGCUGCACACAUGGUGCCAUAUUCUCAACCUGCAAGAGCCCUCACAUUGUUCACGUCAUUCGUCACUGGUAAGCCCUUAGUUAAACCCGUCGAUUGAAGGCGGUGGCACAUUGUGAUUUCGAUCGGUGGUGUACACGAGCAGUCAACAGCGGCCCUGAGGAUUUGCCGGCGUUUUCUGUUGCUUCGUGAAGUUGGGCAGUACUUCACGAUCGUCCCGGAGGCAAGAACCUUUUCUCGAAGCUGAUAUCUUGGCCCUGAAUUGUCAUUAUCUUUACUAAUUCAGUCAGCCAACUGCUGUCAGCUGGAGCUGACAUUAGAGUUAGAUUAGGGACGCAGGAAAAUCGUCGAAGUCAUUUUUCUUGAACAAUUGUACUGAAAUCCAAGCAAUCAAGCAAUGGACGUCCAUAAUUUUCUGUCUUAAUAGACAUC